AUGGGCCCCUCACGACGAGCGUUCCAGCCGAGAUCUGGCGAACCCUUCAACAUCGUCAUGUCCAUCCAGUACCGAGGGACCAAGAAGUUCGAUUUCAAGCUGUCUUUCGACAGCACUGGGGACACGAAGAAGGCUAUGACUACUCUGCGACUAUUGCAGGAUCUGAAGUCUCUGGGUCUGCCUGGUUUCGUGAGCCCCGAUCGUGUUUGCGGGUCUUCGUAUGGCCAUCCGAACACGAUCGAGAUACUAUUCCCAAAUUGUGACGGCAGAGGGGCUAUUGAGCGCAAGUUCCGCUUGUUGGAGAAGCGUGUUGUCGAUCAUGCGGCUGAGAUGGAAGCCAUGCAGAUACGGUCGCUCUACGUAUACUUUCUCCCCAAAGAAUACACAAGGCUAGGCGAGAGAGCCACCGCAAACUACGUCUUCUCGAGACCUCCCGACGGAUGGAGACUCCCACCACCUCGCGCGCGAUCCCCUCCCGGACGCGCGCGAACGCCACCUCGUGGGCCAAGGCGGAGGUCUCCGUCUGUACAGUCUGUACGAGACUCAGUGAUAGGCGGCAUUCGCGAGGUGCCACGCUCGGAUUCGAGAGCUUCAUCUUCGCGUCUACGAUCUGCUGAACCCUCUGAGAGACCGUUGAACCAUGAUUCAUCUGGAAACAGGGCAAGCUCGUCGCGGCUCCCACUAGACCAGAGUGCCGCGUCACCUCCAAUCUCACCAAGUGAACAACAUCUCGAUCCAAGUAACAACGACGAGCGCGCCUCGCUCCGCACGCAAAUAAUACAGAGCAAACUCCAACAAGCGCUCCAGCGCCAGCGCAUACGCGAGCUUCAGAAAGAGCUGGCUGCAGAAAAGGACGCGCGACGAGAUGCGGAGUCGCGGUUGGUACGGGCGCGAGCGAGGACAGAGGAGGAGAGGAUGAAGGUUCGGGAUGUUCGAAGAGAGUGUUCGGACCCGUUUAUCACGCCUGCGUUGUUGGAGGCUUUCUGUGGUGUAUCGAGUAUAGCUGGAGGGACAUUGUAG